AUGAAAGAAUUAGGUUGUUUUGAUUAUUUUGCAAUAUUUCUGGGAGUUUAUGUCUUGGUUCCAAAACUGUAUUAGAUCUGGAUGAUUAUUUAUACAAGUUUCAUUGUUUAAAAGAAAGAUCUAAAAGUACUUUAUGGAGCUGACUCAUGGGCAUUAAUAACUGGAUGCACAUCUGGAAUUGGUGAAGAGUUAGCGCAUAGAAUAGCUUAGCAGGGAUUGAAUAUCAUUUUAAUUUCAAGAAGUCUUGACAAGCUUACUAAAGUCGAAAAUGAUAUUCUUAAAAAGUGUCCUUAAAUUAAGACUCUGAAAGUAAUAGCAGAUUAUGCAAAUGGAGGUGAAACACUUGAAUUUUAUAAAAAGAUCUAUGCAUAAAUCAAAGAUCUAGAUAUUUCAAUCGUUGUCAACAAUGCAGGAAUAUUGUACAGUGAAUACUACAGGCAACUGAAUAUAAGUUAGAUUAUGGAAAUGGCUAUUGUUAACACUUAUCCUUACAUUCUGUUUAAUCAUUUGAUUUUGAAAAAGCUUCAACAGAGAUCUCUAAAGAAACAGACAGCUCUACUGAAUGUGAGCAGUUCAAUAAGUUUUGUUGCAGGCCCAUACUAAUAAAUAUAUGGAUGCACUAAAAAGUUUGAAAGAUAUUUCACUGAGGCUCUCAGAUAAGAAAAUAAAAAGGAGUAUCCUAAUCUCGAAGUAAUCUGUGUGACACCAAUGUAUGUAUCAACCUAGAUGACUAAUAAUCUUUCAACGAAAGAGUUUGGAGUAGUUAAUGCCGAGCAAUAUGUUGAGGGAGUCCUAAAGGUUUUUGGAAACUUAAAUCAUAUCUUUGGGCCCAUGAUUCACUAAGUGCAAGGUUAUUUCACUAAUAUAUUCUUUGAGUUGUCGCAUUAUUACCGGUUAUCUUUACACAUUGUAAACCAUAUUAUCUACAAUGAAUGCUAGAAGAUGAAAUGA